GUUCGACUCAAAAACCCUCUCAGAAUGCUUCUCUACGUUUUGGUUUCGGUAAUUUGUGCGAUUUGCAUCUAUAUCAAAUGGAAACAAACUUACUGGAAGCGAAAUGGCGUUGAUUACAUCGAGCCGGACUUUUUUUUCGGCAAUACAACGGCGAUAACGAAGAGAAAAGAACACAGGGCUGUAGUGUUUCAGAAGUUCUACAACUAUUUUAAAGGAAAAGGCGAACGGUUCGGUGGAAUUUACGAUUUUUUCUCGCCUGUAGUGGUGGUUACUGAUUUGGAGUUGAUCAGAUGCGUUCUACAGAAGGAUUUUUCGCAUUUCGUCAAUCAUUUGGGGUACAUAAACGAAGAAGCCGAUCCUAUUUCCGGAAACCUGUUUAAUUUGAAAGACGAAAAAUGGAAGAAUAUUAGAGCGAAAUUAACACCAACUUUCACGACGGGCAAGAUAAAAAUGAUGUUUGAGACACUCAUCGAUUGCUCUUCAGGUUUGCAAAAAGUCCUAGACAAAUACGCCAUUAUCAACGAACCUGUCGAUAUAAAAAAGAUCCUAUUAUUAUUUAGCACGGAUGUAAUUACAUCCGUCGCCUUCGGUUUGCAAGUAAACAGCUUGGAAAAUCCCCAAACGGAAUUUAGGAGAUACUUCGAAAAACUCUUCGAACCAUCAUUGACGUUGCUGAUAAAGCGCCUGAUAUCCCUGUCUUUCCCGCAAUGGCUGCUGGUCAAGAUGCGCUUCAGGUUGUCCAGAAAAGAGGUGGAGGAGUUCUUCGUUAAAGUAGUCAACGACAUCGUCGAGCACCGGGAGAAGAACAACGUUUUCAGGAAGGACUUCAUGCAGCUGCUGAUCCAGAUAAAAAAUUCGGGCACCACCACCAACAUCGAGAACAUCAACGCGCACAGUGCGGUCAAGCACUUGACUAUUAACGAAAUGACGGCACAAGCUGUUACGUUUUAUAUCGCCGGGAACGAAACAUCUUCGGCCACGAUGUCUUUCGCUUUAUUGGAGUUGGCCCUCAACCCUUCCAUUCAAAACAAACUUCGCGAGGAGAUUCGAGCGAACGUGAAAAAACACGGAAACGAACUAACAUACGACGGCAUUAUGGAGAUGGAGUAUUUAGAUUUGGUGGUUCAGGAAGCGUUGAGAAAAUACCCUUCAGCCUCUGGAUUAUCAAGGGCUUGUAACAAGCCAUAUCGUAUCCCUGGUAGUGAUGUGGUAAUUGAGCCGGGUACCGAGGUGAUGAUUCCUCUUUAUGGUCUUCAUAGAGAUCCGGAAUACUAUCCAGAUCCGGAUAAAUUUGAUCCGGAACGAUUUAAUGCGACAAACAGGAGCAAAAUACCAGUCAGUGCGUAUUUGCCCUUCGGAGAAGGCCCUAGAGCUUGCAUAGGAUUAAGAUUCGGGAAAUUACAAACCAAAGUCGGAAUAUGUGCGGUUAUCUGGAAAUUCAAAGUAACUGUGAAUAAUAAGACACAAUUACCAAUAAAAUUGUCUUCGUCGCGAUUUCCAACCGCUCAAGGAGGCAUAUGGCUGAAUUUGGAGAAAAUUUAACUUUUGAAAUGUCUGUUUUUUUUUCAAUAAAUACAAAAAAUCUUAA